GGUCCCCAUCCUGGUCCUCCUGGUCCUCCUCCUGGUCUUCCUCCUGGUCCUUCUGGUCCUCCUCCUGGUCCUCCUGGUCCUCCUCCUAGCCCUCCUCCUGGUCCUCCUGGUCCUCCUCCUGCCCUUCCUCCUGGUCCUCCUCCUGGUCCCCCCCCGGGGACAUCGACCCCUCCCCCCUCCUUAUCGGAGAAGCAAUUUCUAUAAAACAAACCGCCAAUCAGUGUGGUUGCUAUGGAAACUGGGGUGGAUGAGAGAGCAAGAUGAGCUGGUUGUUUCGUCUCUCACAGAAACAGAUCUGGUCCUCAGACAGGAAGGAGGUCCACGUUCAGGUGAGGUCUGAAACUUAAUGCUGGUCUGAUGUGGUCUGAUGUGGUCUCUCUGAAUAUGAGCUGAUAUCUUCCUCUGAUGAUGAUGAUGAUGAUGGUGGUUCUGACAGAUGCUGUGAGACAGUUUUGGUGGGUCAGACAGUUCCCAGAGGAGUCAGGAUAAACCGGAACCAGGUUCCCAGGUGUUUAAUCACAGUGAGAGCGCAGCAGACGCUUCAUCAGCGGCUCAUUGUGGACAGAAGAGCUCAAACGCCUCCAGGAAGUAUAAAAACCAUUUAGCUUCACCGUGGAGACGAAACCAUGGCGACAGCGGACGGAGAGGACGUUCAGCGAGCAGAGAAAGCCACUUUAAAGAGGAAGCUGACGGGUCCUCCGAGGCUGCUGCUGGGGAAAACCAGGACCAGGAGCGUGGGGGAGGACAGACCUGAAGCUCGGACAGACAAAAACAAGACUGCCGGCGGAGACGAAUCCUCAUCGAAGAGCAAAACUGUUGAGCUGACAGAAACUGCAGACAUGGACGAAGGCGUUUUAUCUGAGGUGAAUGCAGAGAGCUGCAGGGGGCGCCGUGGAGCUGCAGGCCGGGGCGAUGACAUCAGAAACAGGAAGGUGAACCGACCCAGGUGGUGGAGAAGAUUCUCACCGGCUGUCGUUUGCAACAGGAAGCAAAAGUCGGAGGAGAGUUUAGAGGAGCAGAAGAAUGACAGUUGUGUUCCACCAGAGGGGGCGCUGCAGGAGGCUGCCUGUCUGAACACCACAGAAGAAAACAGGAAGAGGGCGUUUAAUGUGAGGACGUGGCCGGCGUUCAAAAGGUUCCUCACUGUGUCCAUUCGACAAACCCGGGAGCAGAAGAAAAGAGAACCUUCGAUGACCUUCCGAGAAACAAUGUGCACGUUUUUCAGAGGACGAACAAGCCGGUCGGGACAGCUGGAGGAAACAGUGGAGCUCGAGGACACGGUGGAGCUCGAGGACACGGUGGAGCUCAAGGACAGGGUGGAGCUCGAGGACAGGGUGGAGCUCGAGGACAGGGUGGAGCUCGAGGACACGGUAAAGCUCGAGGACACGGUGGAGCUCGAGGACAGGGUGGAGCUCGAGGACACGGUGGAGCUCGAGGACACGGUGGAGCUCGAGGACACGGUGGAGCUCGAGGACAGGGUGGAGCUCGAGGACUUGAAGGAAGACAGACCUACCGGACUCUACAAUGGUGCAACUGCUCAGAGCUUGGAAGUCGUGGCGGUGGCGGCUGAGAUGAGAGUCCAGAUGACGGAGGAGGGAGCUCCAGCAGAGCGUCCUGAUGAGGACGAGGUUUUGAUGGACACUGUAAGAACCGGAACCGGCAGUGAGGUCUUCGAAGGCCCCGCGGACACAAACAUCAUAUCAGAGGUUGAGUCUCCAGAGAAAGACGAGGUUUUGGACGCUGACAUUCAGCUUUCGACCUCGACGGCGUCCCAGGAGUCCUCCGAGGUUCCCUGUGAGGAGAGGACGGACGAAACCACCUCGCCCCUUCAGCUGUCCACUAACGGACCCUGCAUCCGGAUCGAGCUGGUUCCCCCGGACGACGACGCUCAGGAGGAUGGAGAGGAGGAGUGUUGGGAGGGCAGCUCCUCCUCGGGGAACCACAACCACCUCCUCCUCCUCCUCCUCGCCUCUGAGCACGGCGAGCGGCAGCUGCUUCAGACGGCUCGCUCUCUGGUCCGAGCCGCCAUGAACGCCGCUGUGGAUCAGCUGACCAGAGAACAGCAGAGUGACUCGGCCUGCGUUCACAGGGAGCCGCAGGGCUGCAGAGAUCACGCCUGAAGCGAGGAAGAGCGGCAAACGUCGACGCUAUGACAUCAUCAGUUUAACGAGUGGCAGCUUGCAGGUGAAUCACAACCAACCUCCACCACAGAAGAAGAAAACAAACACAUGAAACCAGCUGUCAUCUCAUUGGUCAAAGUUCAGAGUGAUUGAUUGGUGAUCAGUUUCAGCUGUUUGUAACUUCUGCCUGACAGUCACAGCUCAGGGCGACUGUAGCUGCUUAAAUCUGCUCCUUAAAUGAGUUCAGUUCAUUUGUAUUAAUCAAUAAGUUUAAUAAAUAUAAUAAAUGUUAUUAUCUUAAUAACUUCAGUUUCUGUACAUUUAAAAUGUAUGUUUUAAAACAUACAUUUUAAAACAAAUAUGAUGUGUUUGAUAUAAUAAUUUUAUGUUCUGAGAAUAAAGAGAAUAUUCAUCAACAUUAAACUCGUUAAAGUAAAAUCCAAAUGCAUAAAAACAAUAAAUACAUAAUAAAUAUAUCUAUGUGUUUAUUGAUCUCUUGCUUCUGUUCAUACAGACGAGCCGCAGGGCGACCACAGAACAAGAAAAUAAAAGAGGAGAUAAAAUGUGAAUAAAUGAGCUUCGAGUCUCAAACGUUGAAUAAAAGGACAAAAAAAUAUUUUUAUUUUUCUCUUUUAUUUCUCGAAUGUUUCAACCUUUUAAAUAAAAACACAAUUAAUAAAAUGUUCAGAUGUAAUGAAACUUUAUUGAUUUACAUGUUGGAGAAGAACAGACAGACGAAGAGAAAUCUUAAAGUUAAAUUAUAUUAUUAUUAUUUACAUUAUAAUUGUUAUUGUUUACAUUAUUAUUGUUAUUAUUUAUACUGUAUCAAUGAUUUGUGCAACAAAUUAAAACUCAUUAAACAGGUUUUUGUCAAUAAUCAA